AUUUAUGUCACACUCUGACACAGAAAUUCUUGAAGUUCUUGAACGAUUGAUGUUAAUCAACCGCAACAUUUGAGAUUAUAUUAGAGAAAUAAACGAAUAUUCGAAUUGUACACUCUUAAUGAGCAAGACAACUGCACAAUAUUUACCCUAAACACAGCAUAAAAUAAUUCUGAAUCGCGGACAGGUGUGCGAUAAUAGUAAACAAAGUAGAAACCAACAUGCACGAUGUUGGAAGGUCUAGUUGCUUGGGUCUUGAACAAUUAUCUUGGGAAAUACGUGGAGAACUUGAAUACAGACCAAUUGAGUAUCGCUCUACUUUCUGGCAAAGUAGAGUUGGAAAAUCUUCCUCUGAAGAAAGAUGCUCUGCGUCACUUGGGUCUACCUGUGGAAGUCAAGGCUGGCUUCAUUGGGAAGGUACAGCUUCAGAUUCCAGUCCGUCAGAUACGCUCAGCACCAUGGGUUAUUGCAAUAGAAAAACUUUAUUUGGUAGCAGCUCCUGUUAACCUUGAUGAAUGGGAUAGUGAAGCAGAGGCUCAUCAUGCACAUGAACGUAAAGUAGCCCUUCUAGACGCCCUGGAGGCUCAGUGGCGCGCCGAACACGAGGCCUCCGACGCUGGGUACUACGCCACCUCGUACUCCUCGUGGCUCAGCUAUGGAACAGGACUUCUUGCAAAUAUUGUUGAAAAUUUACAGUUGAAGAUAAUCGAUGUACACCUUCGAUACGAAGACACAGUCACCUGCGGACGCGCUUUCGCAUGCGGGCUGACUGCGCAGUCGCUGGCGGCCGAGAGCUGCGACGCCAGCUGGAAGAAAUGGUUCUCGCUGCUCCCCGACCCCGAGGGUCGCUCGCACAAGCUGCUGGAGCUGCAGCAACUGGCGCUCUACUGGGAUCCCAUCAGUACGCCGUCCGCUAUGCUUGCCGAACUUGGUAUAGCUGAACUUACGGAGCGCAUGCGCGAGACGUGGCGCGCGGGGCACGCGUACGUGCUGGCGCCCACGUCGGCGCGCGCCCGCGUGUGCCGCGAGCGCACGGAGCAGCCGCUGCGCUGCCGGGAGCGCCCGCGGCUCGCCUGCCAGCUCACCCUCGACACGGUGCUGCUCAACCUCACCUCGCGGCAGUACAGCGAGGCAGUCGGUUGCGCACUAGGGCUGGAGCGUAUCGGGCGCGUGCGAGAGUUCCGCGCUCUCCGACCCUCCGUUCCAGUCAAGGGACACGUCAGAGACUGGUGGAUCUAUGCACUCUCCUGUCACAUGCCACAUAAUAGAUGGCGGCACCCGCGGCCCAGCUGGGCGGCGUGCGCCGGGCGGGCCCGCGCCGCGUGCGCGUACGUGCGCGUGUGCCUGCAGCUCGUGACGUCACCGGCCGCCGCGCUGCCGCCCGCCGACAAGGCCGCCAAGGACGACUUCGAGUGGAACACUCCGCUGCACGUACUCAAGCCGCUUCGGGAGAUAGCCAUGCGGAGCGUUCCGAAAACGACCCCUGUUUCCAGUCCAGACAGACCAUCAUCAGGACGCAGCAUGUUGGUGCAUUGGUUCCCGCAGUGGUGGGGCUGGUACAGCUCUCCCGCAGUCUCCACGGAUACCACCACCACACCCGUCACGGCACCUUCAACCCCCACUCCUUCCACCCCUACCCCUAUCCCCGCUCCUACAUCGGCCCCCGCAGAGCUGGAAGAGGAGAUACUUGACGUAAUAGCGGACUCGCUCGAGAACAACACUCUACUGAAGAAAGAUAUGGUAUUCGGGAAGUUUGAUUUCGUGUUGAACAAAGGAUCUUUUAAUUUGUUAAUGGACAGUGAAGACGGAGAGGAGAGCGGCGUGGAGCUGGAGUUCGUGUGCGUGCGCGUGCAGACGGAGUGGAGGCCGCGGGGGGGCGCCGCGGGGGUGCACGUGUCCCUGGGGAGCCUGUGUCUCACGGAGCGGAUCACGCCCGGGACGCUGUUCCCCGUCGUCUGUGCGCCUCAGGGUGUGAUCCGCUCGGGACUGAGUUCCCUGGGGGGGGCUAGUGCGGGGUACGCGGGGAGCGGGGCGUCGUGGUGCCGCGCGCACGCGGCCCCCGCGCCCCCCGCGCCCCCCGCACACAGCGAGCCACUCUUCCAACUGGCGUAUGAAAAGAAACCGAUCGGACUCAACUGCGAUUACAAGUUGUGGGUGAAGUCGGCGUCGCUGGAGGUGGUGUACUGCGAGGCGCUGGCUCGCUGGGCGCAGCGCUUCGCCCGGCGCGGCUGGGACGCCCGGCUGGCGCUGGACUCCACGCGGGCCACGCUCAUCAACCACUUCGAGCACAUGGUCCACGCGCAUUCCUCGGAGCGCAGUUCCUGGCACGUGGAACUAGACAUCUGGGCUCCUCAAAUCCUGCUGGUGGAGCAGCUCUGCUCGCGGGACUCCGCCCUCCUGCUCGUGGACUUCGGUCGUCUGAGACUGGCUAAUGCCAACCAAGACCUCACACAUCAUGCACCUGCUGAUGAUGAAGAGAUGUUCAUGACGCCGUGCUCGACCCCCCCGGGCAGCCUGUUGUCCCCCGCGUCCCCCGAGCCGCCCGCGCCCCCCGGCCACCGCCCCCCCGACCCCUCCGCGCUGCACCCCGACACGCUGCACGACAGUAUCUACGACAGGUACAAAAUAGAACUGAGUGAGCUGCAGAUACUAGUGGGUCGAGUGCGGGACAACUGGAAGUACGCGCACACCAAGACCACCUCCUCGCUGCACCUGCUGGACCGGUUCAGCAUAUCUCUGCAGGCGGAGCGGCGCGUGCUGGAGACCAGCGACCCCGUGUACCCGCGCGCCGCGCUGUGCGGCUCGCUGCCGGCCCUCGUGGCGCACCUCACCGAGCACAAGCUGUGCGCGCUGCGGGCUGUGCUGGCGCCGCUCAGAUCGGAAGAUGCGCCAGCUCCUCAGGCGAGUCCGGCGACAGAGGACGACGACGAAGCCAGCGUCAGAUCAGAAACCGACCGCUCCGAGAGCUCCUCACACAACAACUCCACUAUCUUCAUGCUGCAGUUUGCUGUGGAUCAGAUGUCGCUGGAGGUCCAGUCCCGCGGGCGCAGCAUAGCCGAGGUGCAGGUCUGCGGGGUGAAGAUGGCCGCCACGGCCAGGCCGCGCGACGUGAGCUUCUCGCUGUCUGUGCACUCCCUGCUGCUGGUGGACGCCCUCCAGACCUACGGGCCGGAUUUCGAGCUGCUCGUGGCCAGCCACAAGCACGUGGGGAUGGACACGGCGUCGGGCAGCAUCCGCGGCUCGGAGCCCACGUCCCCCACGUCGCCCACCUCCCCCACCUCCCCCGCGUCCCCCGCGCGCGCCCCCCGCCCCGCGCUCGCCCUGGCGCACCCGCACGUGCUGCACCACGCGCUGCACUCGCUCACCGCGGCUAGGGGCACCGAUGAACUGGACCGAGCUAGCCCAGCACCGAGCUGGCUGACAGGCGACAAUGGAAACUUCAACAACUGCGGCUUCGGACCUAUUUGGAGUACCACUGAGAGCUUUGGAGAGAGUAACGGUUGGGGCAACUGGCCCGGCUCCGGUAAUGCUGAGAACUCUUGGGGGAACACGAGUUCCGCUUGGGGGGCCACCGGCCUCGGGUGGGGUGCUGCCGGACUGGUGGAUGAUGAAGCACUUAUCGCUGUCGACUUGUGCUUGGUUAAAGGCGAAGGGGAUUCUGAAGACUUGAGAAUCGCCAACAUUUUGUUCAAUAAUUUGGACAUUAUUGCUAAUCAAGAAACUAUAGUCGAGUUAAUCGGGUUUGCUCAGCGUGUGAUGGGUCCCAAGACCAGCAAGACGCAAGGGGAUGUCGACGAAACCCGACCGGAGCCCGCCGCCGCGCACGCCAGCCCUCCGCCCGACGACGCGCCCAAGAGAGAAGUGCGCACAGAGAUAACGUUUGACUUCCACCGGCUGGGCGUGCUGCUGCUGCGCGCCGCCCUGCACGACGGCGCCGUGGUGGCCAGGAAGAUAGCCACCGCCACUCUCAGCGAGGCCAAGAUACAAGCCACUUUAGACGCGAGCCGCGUGUCCGUGGGCGGGUCCCUGGGCGGCGUGCAGGUGGUGUCGCUGUGCGAGCGCAGCGUGCACGCGCGCGUGCUGUCCGCCGGCCGCGCCCCCCCGCCGCCCGCCGCGCCCGCGCCCCCCGCGCCGCCCGCCCGCGCGCUGCUGUUCGACGUGGAGCGGUCGCUGGGCCCGCGAGCCGCCGACACGACAGUGGUGGAGGUGCGCGUGAGCGUGCAGGUGGCGCGGGUGUGGUACACGCACUCCAACGCGCUGCUGCUGGAGCUGAGGUCGUGCCUCACGGAGUUCAAGCAGUACCUGUCCAACCUGGCGCGCUCCAUCCGAGCCGCCGCCGCCGACAUGGCCAUAGGACUCGUGCACCCGAGAGGGGAGUCGUUGUAUUCCAACCCGAAGCUGUCCCAGUCGACGGAGGGCGUGUCUCCGAGACGGCGCACCGCCAGCACCGGCACCUCGCUGGACGAGCCCCCAGACCUCACGUCCGACAGCGUCGUGCUGAGCGUGAGCGUGGAGCUGGAGUCGCCGGUGGUGGUGGUGCCGGUGUCGGCGGAGAGCAGCGCGGUGCUGGUGGCGCACCUGGGCCGGAUGAGCCUCGCCAACCGGCCCGGCCCGCCCGCGCACACCGCCUACACCGUGCGCCUGCGAGACAUCGCCCUGGCCACGCUGGACGUGGCCGAGAAGCUGAAGCACCGGCCGCUGACCGCCGAGAGCAUGGAGGACACGUACGACGUGUCGGCCGGCAAGCCCGUGCUGCACGACACCGCGCUGCAGCUGACCCUGGACUACUGCGACAAGGAGCUCGACGGGGAAGUCGUCUACCAGUGUGAAGUGACCGGGAAAAUAGUGGAGGGGCUGCAGCUGUCCGCCUGUCGCGAGCAGUACGAGCAGCUGCUGCAGGCGCUGUCCUCCGCGGCCGGGCCCCCCGCGCCGCCCCCCGCGCCGCCCCCCGCGCCCUCGCACCAGCCCCCCGCGCACGGACUGCACGACGGCGGGUCGGUGGUGGAGGGCGCGGUCCCUACGCUGCGGCUGGACCCCGCGGUGCGCGCGGCGGUGCUGGCCGUGCCGCGCCCCGCCAGCGCGCCGCCCGCACCGCACUUCAUCCCGCUCAUCGUCCGCGCGGAGGUGCCGGCGCUGAGCGUGCGGCUGCGCGCCGACGUGGGGGAGGGGGAGCGCAGCCUGGUGGAGCUGUCCGUGCAGCAGCUCGCGCUGCACUACCGCCGCGCGCGCCCGCACCACACCGCGCUGCAGGUCCGCCUGCAAGGUGUCCGCAUGGAGGACUUGGUAGCGGGGCGGGACCCGAGGCAUCGCCUGCUGUUGCAGUCACACGUGGGACGCGCGCCCCCCGGCCCCCGCACGCGCGCCCGCUCCGUGCCCCCCGCGCCCGCCCCGCCCCGCACGCCGCGCGCCCCGCGCCCCCGCUCGCUGUCCCCGGGGACCACGCUCGACCAGUCCCCGGAAAAAGACAAGGCAAAGAAGCAGGAAAAUAAAUGUGGAGCCACGCCUCCUUGUUCGCCCGAAGGAGAGGGAGAUACAGAAGACGACGCGCAGUUUGACGACUCUCCGUCGUCCGACGACGACAACCUGGUCUGCGUGUCCGUGCACACCACGGACCCCGAGCAUCCAGAGUUCGAAACCAAAUAUCAGAAGGUAUCUAAGCUGACAACGGUGGAAUUCAACAGUCUCAACCUGGUCAUCAACAUCGACAGUUGGGUGGCCGUCCUCGACUUCUUCGGCAUCGCGGGAGACGACGACCCGCCGCCGGGGCCGCCACAGGACGACCCGCAGACCGUGGAGUCGGAGAGCGCGGCGGGCACGGUCUCACAGACGGACGUGUCCGUGAGGUCGCUGUCCGUGGUGGUGGUGGGGGGGCGCGGGGAGACGUGUCGUGCGCUGCUGUGCCGCGUGAGGCUGCAGGCCACCGCCACCGGCCUCACGCGCCAGCUGCGGGGGCGCCUCGCCGCGCUCUGUCUGCAGGACCUCACGCCUCAUGCGCCGCUCUGGAGGAAUCGGCUGCGGACCCACGCCACGCCGGCCCUCUCCUUCCACUACCGCAGGCUGAGCGGCGCGGAGGCUGCGCAGGCGGGCCACGACUCCAGCCUCAGCGUGGAGCUGGGCGCGGUCACGUACGUGCACACCAAGAGGUUCGUGCACGAGCUGCAGACCUUCGCCGCAGAGUUCAGUCUGUUGCGCCGCGUCAUCAUGCAGGCCAGGCUUAAGGUGUCCCCCCCCGAGCGGCGGGACCGCGCGGCGCGGGUGCGGGUGCGGCUGCGCGCGGCGGCGCCCACCAUCGUGGUGCCGGUGUCCGGGCGCAGCGCCCGCGCGCUCACCGCCCGCCUGGACGCGCUGGAGCUGGACACCGCCUUCCGCCGCGCCGGCCAGCCCGGCACCGUGUCCGCGCUCCGGGACGCCGACGCCAGUGAGCGCGAGCUGCUGGAGGUGCGCACCGUGAAGCUGGAGGGGCUGUCGCUGCGGUGCGGCCGCGGGCCCCAGCUGCUGCAGGCGCCGGCGCAGCUGCUGCUCUGCAUCGAACGGAACCUCGACCCCACACACAACGUGGCGGACAUGACCAUCCAGGGCACCCUGGCGACGCUGGUGUGCUCGGUGGACGCGGCGCAGUACGGCGUGGUGCGCGGCGUGCUGGACCACAACCUGGGGGACACCCUGCCGCCCGCGCCCGCCGCGCCCUCCCCGCCGCCCCACCAGCAGGUGUGGACCACGUUGUCCAUAAGGCUGGAGCUGCUCGACGUGACCGUGCGCCUGGAGCCCGAGCACGGCGUGACGUCGCUGGCCUGCAUCAAUUUCAUCAAAUCGCGUCUGCUCGUCGAGAUAUAUUCCGACCUCAGCCAGGACAUCGACUUAGUGUCGCAGGAGAUCCUGGUGAGCGACACGCGCUUCGCGGCCGAGCCCGCCAACCGGCGCGCCAACGUGUUCGCGCGCAUCGUGCAGCCCAUGCCGGAGCACCCGCACAGCGUGCAGGCCGAGGUGCACGCCAGGAAGCGGCAGGACUCCUCGGCGUACACCAUCCUGAUCAACAACAUGCGCCUCAUGGCCAUCCUGGACUGGUGGGAGGCGGCCGGCAACUUCAUCCUGCAACCGCCGCCCCCGUCAGCAGACGCAGGCCAACCCAACAUCGAGGAGUCGUCCCACGCGCGCGGCUCGAGCGCGGCGCCGCACGACGAGCCGCGCCUGGAGCUGAAGCUGAACGUCACGGACUCGCAGCUCGUGCUCGUCGAGGACGCGUCCCUCUGGGACACCAACGCCGUCAUACUGCGGAGCACGACCGUGCUGCGCUACGCGGGCGGCAGCUCCGUGCCGGUGUCGUGCUCGCUGUCGGAGCUGGAGGUGUUCUCGUGCGUGCUGGGGCUCGAGGAGGAGACGGCGCUGUCCAUCAUCGACCCGGCCGCCGUGCAACUCACGCUCCACGCCGACCGGACCCUGCACGUACAAAUGGGCACGUUGAACCUGCGACUCUCGUACCACGACAUGCGCAUGUUCGCCUCCAUGUUGCAGUCGCUACCGGUCCAAGUGCGGGCCGCUCUGUCGGGUAAAGCAGAGGAGCCGCUGAAGAAGGAGGACGUCCCCGCGAACAGCGUGUACAUGCGCGCGCCGCCCGCCUGGCCCGCGCCGCUCGCCCGCGCGCACCCCCCGCACGCCCGCGCGCACCCCCCGCUGGCCCGCACGCGCCCGCCCCCCGCGAGCCCGCCCAGCGCCGUGUGGCCGCUCGCUGCGGUGCAGGUGACGGCGGACUGCGUCGCGCUGUGCGUCAUCGACGACUGCCUGGACUCCGACGUGCCCCUCCUGGAACUGUCCCUCUCCGAGCUGCAGGUGGAGCAGGAUCUCCGCAAGGCGCCCGGCUCGCUGGAGGACCCGGUGCUGGUGUCGAGCCCGGCCAGCCCGGUGCGGGGGGGCGCGGGAGGGGGCAGGCUCGCCGCCGGACUCGCUGUGGACUACUACAACCGGACGCUGUCCAGUUGGGAGCCCAUGGUCGAACCUUGGAGGUUCGAGAGUCGAUGGGAGACGAGUUUGACGAGCGAACUGUCCCUGUCCCGGGCCCAGGUGCACGUGACGUCAGCGGAGACGCUCAACUUGAACGUGACGUCAGCGCUGGUCGAGCUGUUGAUGCUCGUACGGGCCAACUGGACCGCCGACUACUACGCGCCGCACGCACAGUCCGGAGCGACGGAGCAGUCACCGAAAAGCAGCCCGGCCGGCCACAGGCGACGGUCACCGUUCGUGCCCUACGCUCUACGGAACCACACCGGUCACAAGCUGUGGUUCACGACGCUGCUGACCACCGUGGACGAGAUGAGGCCCACGGGCCGCGGCGACGGGUGCGGGCCGGACGACACGUGGAUGUUGGUGCGGGCGCAGCACACGGAGCCGUUCUCGUUCGGCGGGCGGCGGGCGCGGCGGCGGCCCGUGGCGGCGCUGCACCGCUGGACCGUGCUGCUGCGGCUGGACGGCUGGGACCCCCCCGACCCCGUCUGCGUGGACCGCGUCGGCCUGUACUUCCGGACCCUCACGCACACGAAAACCGGCGCAGAGGCUCGCAUCGUGUUCGAAGUGUCGUUAGAAGGAUCAGCCAGGAAGCUGGUGACGGUGCGCUCGGCGCUGCAGCUGGUGAACAAACUGCCUCACCCAGUCGAAGUCAGGAUGGACCACGCGCCCUCCACUGCGCAGUGGGUGGGGGGUGGCGUGCGCAGCGCCCGGGUGUCGCCGGGGGACUCGUGGGCGGCGCCGUUGGAGGCGGAGGGGGGCGCACUGUGGACGCGUCCCCUGCCCCCCGCCCCGACGCCCGCGCACCCCUACUCUCCCACCGCCAUACACUGGAAGGACGCCUCGCCUUCCAAGCCCUUAUUGCACUACUCCUGCACCGCGCCGCCCGAUCACGUCUACAGGUUUUGCUGUGUGAUGAUACGGGAGCGGUUCCCACCGGACCGCGGCCCUCCCAUCGCGGGCCACACGCUGACCCUGGUCCCAGCGCUGCGCCUGGAGAACCUGCUGCCUCUGGAGCUGCAGUAUCGGUCUGUUAACAAAGCGGGCCUCGUCGUGCACGGCUCCGUCGCGCCCGGAGACACCAAGCCAUUUCAUCAGGUCAACGUUGAAGAAGGCGUAGAACUGAGCAUCAAACUGGAAGGGUUCGGUUGGUCCACUUCCGUCGUGGUGGGGGGUCCGGGGGGUGCCGGGGGUGCCGCGGGAACACCGGCCUCCUUCAGCGCCAAGAUCAAGCUCAGGGACACCCGUUCUCGGCGACUCUACCUUAACGCUCGGGUCACCGUCAAGAAGACUGAUGGGAUGAAAGUGUCUGUGUCGGCCGCGUACUGGCUGGUGAACCGCACCGGUCUGCCGCUCGUGUACCGCGCUGAGGGCAGUGCGGCAGACGCGGCAGGACAGUUCGCGGAGCACGAGUUGGCGCGGGUCGUGGCGCCUCUGCUCUUCUCCUUUGCCGAGCCUGAUGCCAGGCCCACGCUCUGUGCGAGGCUGGGUCGUGGACUCCCUGGGAAUCCGGAGUGGUGCUCACCGUUCGGGCUGGGCCCCGGCGUGAGCGUGAAGCGGCUGGAGGUGCGCGGGGAGGGCGAGGGCGGGGGCGGGGAGCGGGUGUACGCGGUGGGCGUGUCCGUGCGCGCGGGCCGCGGCCGCUACCGCCGCACCAACAUCGUCACGCUGGCGCCGCGCUACCAGCUGCACAACAACACCACGCGCACGCUGCAGUUCGCGCAGGCCUGCGCCGCCACCACCCUGAACGACCCGGGCGCGGCCGCCGCGCAGGUGACGGCGGUGGCGGGCUGCUUCCUGCCGUGGCAGUGGGCGCGCUGGGAGCGGGAGCACUCGCUGUGCGUGAGGGUGCCGCCCGCGGCCGCCUGGUGCUCGCCCUUCCGGAUCGACUCCCCUCGCACCCUGCACGCCGCUUGCAGGGAGCCGGACGGUUCGUACCAGCUAGUGCGGGUGGAGGUGGUGCUGCAGGGCGCGACGCUGUUCGUGGUGCUCACGGACGCGGAGUGUGCGCCGCCCCCGCUGCGCAUCGACAACUACUCGCCUGUCUCCAUCAUAUACCACCAGGUGGGGUGCGCGGAGGAGAGCGCGGUGCGUGCGCACGGGCGCGAGGUGUGCGCGCUGCCGGCGGCGGAGGGCGCGCGCGUGCUGGCGCUGCGGGCGCCGGGCGGGCCGCCCCGACACCUGCCGCUGGACGUGCUGCCGGCCACGCACACGCUGCUCUAUCAGAACUUCAUCUACGUCGUCUUCCAGGCGACCGCCAGAGACUCCAACCCAUCUAAUACCGGGAAGCAGGCUCCGCCGGCCGACGCCGAUGACAACGUGCUGGUGCUGGAAGUUCCACUCGGCUCCACACGAGUUCAGCUUGGAAGAAAACGAUAUGGGGACAGGUCACAGCUGUGGAGACGCGGACCCAACGACCAGCUGAUCCACGAGGGCAGCUCCCCUCCCCAGCCCACCGACUCUCAGCUCUCAGAAGAUGCGCCACUCUCGCCUCACGCUAUGGUGCUGGACAUCGAGGACGCGGCUCCGCGGCCGGGGCGCGCGGCGGCGCUGGUGCUGCGGCGGGCGGACGCGCGGCGGGCCAGCACGCAGGCGUGGCAGCUGCGUGCGGCGCGUCUGUGCUGUGCGCACCGCAACCUGUGCGUGCAGCCCGACCCGCCCUCGCUCAUGGGGCUCGCGCCAGGCAGUCGCGUGGUGCUGGGGAUGGCGGGGGCGAGCGUGCGGCCGGAGCAGCAGGUCAGCUGGCACACCCUGCGGCCCGGCAGCGGCAAGCUGCUCCUCACGCUGCAGGCCGACGGACCCACGCGACUCAUACAGAUACGCGACCAACAGGCGCCCGACUCGGGCUGGGUGGAGGGCGACGGAGAGCGCGGCGGGGGCGGCGGGGGCCGCGAGUGGGAGGUGUGGGUGUCGGCGGGGGGCGUGUCGGUGUCGCUGGUGGGGGGCGGCGAGGAGCUGGUGGCGGCGCACGCGGUGUCGCUGCGGGCGCGGGCCUGCCUCACGCCCUCCGCCGCCAGCCUGGCGCUCACCCUGCAGGACAUGCAGUGGGACAACCAGUUACUGGGCACCCCAAGCCCUGUGCUGCUGUACUGCCUCCCGGACCGCAGCGGCGCCAACGCCCCAGCCCUCCAUGCGUCGGUGGAACUCCAGCGAUCUCCCUCCGACAAAUACAACGCGUACUUCUUCAGGCACUUGGUUGUCGCGCUCAAACCUCUGGCGGUCAGAUUGGAGGAAAGGUUGAUCCUGGUGCUGUGGUCGUGGUGGCGCGAGGAGGACGAGGACAGCGCGCAGGAGCAGGUGGACGAGGCGGACUACGAGACGCGCCGCAUGCUGCACAGCCUCACCGCGCUCUCCGCCACCAGAUACUACUUCGGCCUACUCAAGAUUAUACCCAGCCAGAUCCGGCUGUCGAUGUGCACGGCGAACAAGCUGGACAGUUCGCUGGGCUCGCUGAAGCGGCGGCUGGGCCUCACCCUCAUCAAGUUCGAGGACGCGGCCGUGGAGCUGGAGCCCUUCGAACGAGUGCACGUGUUCGAAACCGCGUCCUACCUCGGCAGGCAAAUGCUGGCUCAUUUUAAAGACGAAUUAAAAUGGCAAGCCGCCAAGAUAUUAGGGUCUGUGGACUUCUUGGGCAACCCCCUGGGCUUCGUGGCGGACGUGUCGGAGGGCGUGACGGGCCUGCUGCUGGAGGGGAACGUGGGCGCCCUCCUCAAGAACGUCACGCACGGGAUCUCAAACUCCGCCGCCAAAGUGUCGGAAUCCCUGGGCGACGGGCUGGAGCGCGUGGUGUGGGACGAGGCGCACGAGGAGACGCGGCGCCGGAUCCGCAGUGCUGCCCAUGGACAUCACCUCGCCGCCGGACUCAGGGGACUCGGGCUCGGCAUACUCGGGGGUAUGACGUCACUGGUGAAACACAGCUACGAAGGCGCGACGCAGGAGGGGCUGGGAGGGUUCCUGACGGGGGUGGGGAAGGGGCUGGUGGGGACCGUCACCAAGCCUGUCAUCGGCGUCCUCGACCUCGCUGCUGAGACGGCUUCGGCACUCAGGGACACCAGUCGAAGGUCGGACAAGUGGGUGCCGGCGCGGGUGCGCGGGCCGCGGUGCGCGUGGGGCGCGGGCUCCGCCCUGCCGCGCUACUGCGGGGCGCAGGCCCACGGCGCGGCGCUGCUGUACGCGCUCAACAACAACGACUACUCCGAGCGCUUCCUGGCCUACCGCAUCGUCCGGGACACGCCGCACGACAUCCGCGCGCUGCUCUCGGACUCCUACCUGCGCAUCUUCACCUGCAAGCACUCUGCGCCGCAGGUCGUCAUGGAGACGCACCUCAGCAACCUGGUGUCGUGCGCGGUGGUGGAGGCCGGCGGCGCGCAGCUGGUGGAGCUGGGCGUGCGCGGCGGCGAGGCGGGCGUGCGGCGGCCGCGCGUGCAGUGCGACUCGGCGGCGCUGGCGCGCUGGCUGCGCACGCACGCGCUGUACGCCGCGCAGCUCUACCACGAGCGGGCGCACACGCUGCUGCCGCCCGAGCCCGCACUCUGCGCGCCCGGGAACCAUUAAACGACUACAUCAUAACAUUAAAUGACAUUUCGACUAAUAUUUAUAUUUAAUUUAGUGAAAAUACAUUACCUGUAGCUCCGAGGACCAAAUAUUAUUUAUCUUAGGCAAUCGUUAAUUCGUAAUAUAUUCGUAAUAAUAAUAAUAUAUUUGACCUGUUUAAUUGUAACUAAAUAUUUGUACAUUUAACUUUUUUCAUUAUCUAACUUCUAUAAAGAGCUCAUCCUGAAAACCGCGACUGGCGAUUUCAUUCACAAAAUGCUACUGAAGAACAAUUGCAUUACGUUAAGUCAAGUCGCUGAAUUAAUGUAUUUCCUAUUCCUAAGUACAUACUAGGAUGCGUCCCCCGCCCCCCGCUGCCCCCGCCCCCGCGGCGCGGCGAACCCGCGAGUUGAUCUGAGCUGAACUGUCCCAGCUUCAACACGACGUGCAAAAGUAGAGGCAGCUGCCGCGCCCCCCUACUCCCCUAUGACUCAGCGAAAUGUUUUCCCAGAUCACAAUAGUAUGUACAUUUAUCUUCAGUCAAUCUGUGGUUGAUCACUCAAAGAACUGUAAUUGCUAGAUUAAUUGUAUUCAUAUAUGAACAUUAGUCUGUGAUACAAAGAAAUUUUGCAAGAUAGGUAUAAUAUUAGAAAAAAUAAUAUAUUUUGUGUAAUUUAAAACUCAAUGUAAUAUUGAAUGGUACAUCGGGGCAAUAGCAGUCCUGGGCGCGUACGGACCCGGAGUUCCGCGGCCGGUGCGCUCGCGGACAUCAGCAUCAUUGUUAGAAUACAGUUGACCAAGUCGUAAAAGAAAGCUACUGUACGUGUCUCAACCCCGCAGCGCCCCACGCCUGCCACAGCUCUGCCCCAUACGGGCGGUCGAUCUAGAUUAAAAACUAAAAGCUUAUAUUUCAAGUUUAAUCCGUCUAAAUCACCUUAUCAAAAUACAGAUUAUAUUUAACUAUCUGUAUAAAUCUUUCCCUCAGCCCAGCCUUUCUAGACCCGUCUUGUUAAUUAUGUCUGUUGCCAAAUGUUUCACAAUCGUGGGCCUAAGUUGUACUCAGUUCAUUACGCAGUGAAAUCAAAGACACCCCUGCAAUGUGUGUAAAAGUAUAUCAAUGUAUGUUAGUCUGCGGAUGCUGGUAAUUUAUUGAUGUCUGAAGUUCGUUGCGAGAGUUUGAAUUAAUUUUGUAACUUGUGAUUUGAAGCAAUAAAAUUAUGGAAAACUUUA